GCCGUAAAAGAUGAGACUCGAGGCCUAUAUUACUCCCAAUAACAAUAAGCCCUCACAGACCCUUUUAAAGAUUUUCUCGCUCCUCUCUUUCUCUCUCUUCAAAAUUUCCCGGGAAAGAGCCGCCGAUCUGAUCGCGAUCUUCGUUCCACUCAAUUUAUAGCUGCACUUAUUUGUGUGCGUUGUGUGUGCUUAUAGGGAGAGAUUAAUUAAUUAAUAUAAUAAGAAGUUAAUUAUGGAGGAAGAUUACUAUAUGAGCGACGGCAGCGAAGAGGAAGAUGAAACUUAUUCGUCCGAUCAAGACGCGGAGCCGCUCGACGGACUCGAAAACGACGAUUCCGAUGCUCAGUGGCUCUCGCACAAAGCCCCUUCUUCCAAGGUAAUCACAGAAGCGUCUCUGUUAGCUGCUCAGAGAGAAGAUCUGCUCAAAGUAAUGGACUUGCUAUCAGUGAGGGAACACCAUGCCAGAACUCUUCUCAUUCACUACAGAUGGGAUGUUGAGAAACUAACUGCAGUUUACGUUGAGAAGGGAAGAUCGUGCAUGUUUUCUGAUGCAGGUGUUUCUAUGGUUGAAAUUGUUGACCUAGAUCCAGCAGAACCUUCCUCUACAGUGAUGUGCAAUAUAUGUAUGGAUGAUGUUCCAGCAAAAGAUAUAACUAAAAUGGACUGUGGCCACGACUUCUGCAAUAACUGUUGGACAGAGCACUUCAUUGUCAAAAUCAAUGACGGUCAAAGCAAGAGGAUCAGAUGCAUGGCCCAUAAAUGCAACGCUAUCUGUGAUGAAACUAUAAUUAGACAUCUAGUUAGUGUAAAGCACCCUGAUUUAGCAGAGAAGUUUGACCGGUUCCUUCUUGAGUCGUACAUUGAAGACAACAGAAUGGUUAAAUGGUGUCCCAGUACACCCCAUUGUGGGAAUGCAAUAAGGGUAGAAAAUGAUGAGUUUUGUGAGGUAGAGUGUUCUUGUGGUUUACAGUUCUGUUUUAGUUGUUCAUCAGAAGCCCAUUCCCCUUGUUCAUGCUCUAUGUGGGAACUCUGGAUAAAGAAAUGCCGUGAUGAAUCUGAGACAGUCAAUUGGAUUACUGUGCAUACAAAGCCUUGUCCAAAGUGUCACAAACCAGUUGAAAAGAAUGGUGGUUGCAACCUAGUUAGUUGCAUAUGUGGGCAAGCCUUUUGUUGGUUGUGUGGUGGAGCUACUGGCCGAGACCACACUUGGUCUCAUAUUGCUAAUCAUAGUUGUGGCCGUUACAAAGAAGAUGGUGAGAAGAAGGCCGAGCGUGCAAAACGAGACCUAUACAGAUACAUGCAUUAUCAUAAUCGUUAUAAAGCUCAUACAGACUCCUUUAAGCAGGAAUCUAGAUUGAGGGAAACAAUUAAAGAAAAGGUUUCGAAUUUGGAAGCAAGAGACUCAGCAUUAAGAGAUUUCAGCUGGGUUACUAAUGGUAUUCACAGGCUGUUCAGAUCAAGACGAGCUCUUUCGUAUUCAUAUCCUUUUGCUUUCUACAUGUUUGGUAAUGAAUUCUUUAAGGAUGAGAUGACGAAAAAGGACAGGGAAUUAAAGCAACAUUUAUUUGAAGACCAGCAGCAGCAGCUCGAGUCAAAUGUUGAGAAGCUAUCCAAAUUUCUUGAGGAGCCAUUUGAUGAAUAUCCAGAGGAACAAGUCAUGAAAAUAAGGAUGCAAGUUAUUAAUCUCUCUGUUAUCACUGAUAACCUCUGCAAAAAAAUGUAUGAAUGUAUCGAGAAUGACCUGUUGGGUUCGCUUCAAUAUACCAUUCACAGUAUAGCUCCUUACCAGUCAAAAGGCAUUGAGAAAGCAGAGGAGCUAACUUUUGGAGGGAGCACUCUAGCAAAUAGCAAUAGUAAAUGUCAGGAGGCAGCUGGUCAGUCCACUGGUAAAGCGGAUCUUCCUGGUAAGAAAUGUCCGCUUAAAGGUCAACAGUAAAGCUAAUGGUCACCUUAAUCUGAGUAUCUGCUAAAUGCCAGAACCUUAUCGCAUCUGUUGACACUCGGUCAUGCAUUUCUGUAGGGGAGUCGAUAGAAACUGGCCAGCCUUCGGCAUCUGGGACUUCGAGCAAGUGCCCUCAGCUGUCGCGGAAGCGCCCUAGGAAAGAAAGUAACACAGGUAGCGUCAUUGAUCUCAACCUGCCUGCACAAGCUCAUCCAGUAAAUGCUUACAAUUAUAAAUAAUAGAGUACAUCGUAAGAUGAUGGUGGCGAAGAAGCAGCCUUUUGAGAAUUUCAUGGCCCUUUUUGACGGUUAAUUAUAUGGUUCCUCGAGCAUCCUACCUUAGAUAUGGUAUGGAAGUAAAGUAGUUUAACUAUGUACAGUUUUUUUUUUGGGAUCGUAUUCUAAUGUAUAGGAAAAUAUUGGAUGGUAUAUAUCUGGUUGUGGUGCUAAAAUUUAUUAAUAAUAUUAAUAAAAUUGGGGUCAAUUGCUGCGGAA